AUGUCGAGAUUCGCAGGGAGAAGUUUGGAUAAGCUUUGGUUCUGGUUCUGUGCGCCCAUUACCAUCCUACUGGACCUCCAAACGAUCUACCCAAAACAUUGGCUUGCCAAUACCCCCUUACCAGCCCUAUUCGAUUAUUCUAUAUCUCUAGCCAGAGAUCCCAUCUUGGGUGGUGCUCUUUCAGGUUCAAAGGAAUUUAACUGGUUAAGGUACUUUUUGUAUUUGGAAGGCGGGUUUCAAUUACCUUGUUUUGCUAUUGGUGCUUGGGGAUUAUGGAAGAAUGAUAAGAGGGUUUAUCCCCUCCUUCUAGCUUACGGCGCAUCCACAGCUACAACUCUCAUUCCAUGUCUUGGAACGAUAUUCACCGCUAGCCCCACUCCGCCAUUCACAAACAGAGAGAUCAUAACGCUGUUAAGCGAAUAUAUACCGUUCCUGUUGAUUCCGCUGGGUAUGGCAAUUGACAUGGGUGUGAAAUUGGUCAAGAUUGUUGGUAUCGCUCAGGAAAGGAAGAGGGUUUGA